AUGUAUGGUGAACCCGUCAUCCUGGAAGGCCCGCGCAACGCCACCGUCAUGUCCGGCUCCAGCGUUCUAUUCCGCUGCGUCGUAGCAGGCGAUCCCGAGCCCGCGGUCUCUUGGCAAAAGAACGGCCGGAGCCUGCACCACGCGGGCCAGGCCAACUACAGGGUUCUGGAGAACGGAGCCCUGAAGCUGGAUAACGUCGGGCUGGCCGACGACGGGCUCUACCACUGCAUAGCAAGGAACCACAAGAACAUGGCCUACUCGGCGCAGGCCAGGCUGAGGGUCGAAGAACCAGCGAAGCUGAAAGGGGGUCGAACUGUGUAUAACGUCAGUUGGGGAUCGAGUGUCCGCCUGGAAUGUUCUGCACAAGGCGAGCCACCGCCAAUCAUAACGUGGUAUCAAGACGGAGAACCGCUGGACGAAUAUGCCCUGGACACCCCCGUCUACACGCACUCUGAGUUAUCUGUGAAUGCGACGCGCACGAUGAGCUUCACUUGCAAAGCGACCAAUUCCCUCCUGAGCCUCAACUCCUCUGCCGUCACAGACAUCAAGCACUUCCAGCUGUAUGUCUUACCGAAAGAAGAUGAUUCAGUCGAAGACUUCAGCUCGGAAAUCAACAGGUCCCAAGACGAAGAUGACGACCCAUUCGAAGAAGACUCUCUACUGGUGAAUGAAGUAGACGAAGAGGAGGACACCGGAAAAGAAGAGGAGAAACGACCGCCAGAGGACCUCAUAGGAAUCGACAUGCCCAAAGAGGAUGGACCUGUCGGGGGUGACGAGGAGGCCUUAGGUUACUGCGCACCUUACACUGGGCAGGUGUGCAGAAAGUACAUCAAUGGCACCAGUCUCGUGUAUUACAACUUCACCAGUGAAAAUCAUCCUAUCCCCAUCAAUGAACAGAUUUCUUUAGAACUUUGGAGGGAACUUAUCUCCUCGCUGCUCGAACCUUGCAAGAGUGCUGCCGAGGUGAUUCUGUGCUACUAUGCUUUUCCCAAGUGCGAGUGGUCGGAGGGGGUGGCAAGGCUCAAACCACUCUGCCGAGAGGACUGCAUCGCGAUAAAGGAACUCUUCUGCUACAACGAGUGGGCCCUGGUGGAAGACAACAAGCAGAGAGGAAUCUUCUUCAAGUCGAGGGGCCACUUCAGACUGCCCGACUGCAACUCGCUGCCCAUGCUGGGUUCCAAAGGAGGGAAGGAGACCUGUUCGAACGCCCAUCUCACGGACAUACAGCAAGAGGAGAUAACAACUGAUUGCAUACGAGGGCGUGGUCGAUUUUACCAAGGAACUGCUAACGUGACAAAAAGUGGUAUCCCUUGUCAGAGGUGGGAUGUACAGGAACCUCACCAUCACAAUCGUCCCCCGAAAGUGUUCCCCGAGGUGCUCAAUUCAGAGAACUAUUGCAGGAAUGCGGGCGGUGAGGAGCCCGUGCCUUGGUGCUACACGAUGGAUCCCAGAGUCAGGUGGCAGCACUGCGACAUUCCUCUCUGUGAUAACAGCAGCCAGUGGUCUCAGCCGGACACCGAGCUCAUUGACAUUUUCGAACCUCCUUCGGAACCUCUUUUCACGCCUACGUUCAUCCUCAUGACGUGUUCCCUGAGUCUGGCCGCUGUUGUCAUUCUUCUGGCCAUCGUUCUAGGACUCAGACGAAUCCGGCAAAAGACAAGCACCCAGACACCGACCCCGGGAUACGUGUCUCCCGGCGAGAGGCCUCCACACUUGGGCAGCGGAGACGAUCCGGAUGUAGAAAUAGAUCUAGAUAAGUUACCAUCGAACGUUUCUUACCAUCGCACUCAAGCUAAACUGCACCCCAAGCUAGAGAAUCUGGAAUAUCCCAGGAACGACAUCAUUUACAUUAGAGACAUCGGCCAGGGUGCUUUCGGAAGGGUGUUCCAGGCGAAAGCGCCUGGCCUCGUCAAAGGAGAAGACUUCACGAUGAUAGCAGUGAAGAUGCUGAAGGACGAGGCUUCCGAUGACCUCCAGAGCGAUUUCGAACGCGAAGCAUGCCUCAUGGCGGAGUUCGAUCACCCGAACAUCGUGAAGCUGCUCGGUGUCUGUGCCAUCGGCAAGCCCAUGUGUCUUCUUUUCGAGUUCAUGGGCAAGGGAGACCUGAACGAGUUCCUAAGGUCUUGUUCUCCGACAAACUACAUCGUGACUACUGGCAACGGAAACCUGUUUAGUGAUGUGCGUCUGACUUUCGUGGACCUGACUACCAUCGCCAAGCAGGUGGCUGCCGGUAUGGUGUACUUGUCGGAAAGGAAGUUUGUCCACCGUGACUUGGCCACGAGGAACUGCCUCGUCGCCGACGAUAUGGUCGUCAAGAUAUCGGAUUUCGGACUCUCGCAGAAGAUCUACGCGGCAAACUACUACAAGGGGAAUGAGCACGACGCCAUACCCAUCCGGUGGAUGCCCCUGGAGUCGAUUCUUUACAACAAAUUCACAAUAGAAUCGGACGUUUGGGCAUUCGGUGUAGUCCUGUGGGAAAUUUUCACCUUUGCCCUGCAGCCUUACUAUGGAAUGACGCAUGAAGAAGUCGUUAAGUAUGUUCAGGAGGGAAGCAUCUUGAAACGCCCAGACGACUGCCCUACCGAGAUCUACAACCUCAUGAAGGCCUGUUGGAACAGAAAACCGACCUCCAGGCCUUCUUUCAAAAGCAUACACAAAACUUUAUGGCACAUACACAAUGACCUUGUCAAAAGACAGUCGAAAGAUCAGCGGACUCACGUAUGAUCCCUCACCAUGCAAAUUACCUUAUGGACCAAAGAGACAGCAAAUGAAUAUAGUUUAAACACUUUAUUUCUCCAAAGAUAUCGCGUUGUUCCAUUCAGAAGUUUCUAUUUCCGUUAGAACUAACUUUUCUCAAUAGAACGAACAGCAUUCUAAAUGCUGUUUUAUUUUAAGUGAACUUCAAGUGAGAACAGUGGCUUUGACUGAACGUUUUUAAAAACUUAUCGCGUAGUUUGGUAGCUACUGGAUGCAAAAACAUUGACUUUGUAAUUGGAAAAACUAUUUUCGCUGUUUCGAUUUGUGUUCAUUGCAAAUUUAAAAGUGUGAUGCAACUAUUUGCAAAACAAAAAGUGCCGAUUUUCUUCAACUCAAGCGUCAAAAUGUAAAUAAUUGCAUUACCAUUCUCAGGCUGUAGAUAUGAAUUCUUUUCAAGAAGGCAAAUUGUUUUCCAUACUUCUGCUCCUAAUUCUUAUCAAAUUGAGUUCGGAAUAGUUUUAUCAUUAGUGUAAACUUGACAAUCAUCUCCUACUUUAAUUACAUUAACGAUUGUCAUUUUAUGUCCCUAUAAUUAAUCCUAAUGAGUUUAUCUCUCUGCAGCCUGAGAAAGUUUCGAUGUGUGAAUUUGUAAAUAAAAAUGGGAAAUAUGUUUUUAAGAAUUUGUAAUUUAUUGUGAUGUCUUUAUGUAAAUUCUGAAAUUGUUUUAAAUGAGGUUUUAAAAAGUUAUAUUAUAAGUUAUGUAUAUUAUGUUCACAUUCCAAAUUACAUUUACGAAGCAAAACCCGUAAAUAAAUUAAG